AUGCAGAUUUAUGAUCUGAACAAUGUCCCCUUAGUAUCGGGGAACUCGUAUAUAAAAUGGCAUCUCACACACUCCAUCCACGCCGAGCACCGUGGUCGCACAGACAAGUGCCCCAUAACGAAUCACCGCGUGGACUAUGCCCUCAGCAAGGUCGUGCCACACAUCCGUAUUUCCGUGGACAAAGCCAACACGCUCACGGAAUGCCCUAUUGAGUUUGAGGUUGUGCAGGAGUUCGCCAUCACAGAAAAGAUCACACUGGGAACAGUGAAGCUGAAUCUUAGCGAAUAUGUCGAGGAGAGCGAGGUAUUGGCCAAGGACUCCGUCACAUCCCCCGGCAGAAGACGGGCGAGCAGCGUAGGUGUGAGCCCUGGCACUGUCCCUCCUGGUACCAAGGGUGUCAAGGGUGUUGAGAAGGACAAAGAGGUUCACGAUGGUGUUAUCCGCCGGUAUCUGAUGCAGGAGAGUAAGAUCAACAGUACUCUCAAGAUCGGCAUCCUCAUGGUCCAGGUGGACGGGGAGCGCGGUUUCCUUGCCCCUCCGUUGAAGAAUGCCCCUGCUUUCGGAGGUAUCGCUGGAAUAGUAGCGGGCGAGCAGGUUGAAGAUGAUGCAAGCCCCAUUCUUAGCAUAUCCAAGCCUAGAGAUGCCACGGAUCUUCAUGAUCUCUAUCGUCGGACUCUUGCGGCAUCCUGGCAUCGUCUACCUUCAGAACUUGCUGCAGACGAGUGCAUUGAGGAUAUCUUUUCUGGCGGAAACGGCUGGAAAACGAAGAAUGAUGGUGGUUCGACAAGCGACACAGAGGAGGAUGAGUAUGCAGGCGGGACUCUUCGGCCCGCCGAUAUCCGUCGAUUGGAUCAGUCGCAUCUGCACCACCCUCGCGAUGGAGGGCACAUCCUCCACCGUCUGCAUCGACGGACUCAUAGCGGAUCCAGUGACCAGAGCUCCAGCACUAUAACAGGUCGCAACCCGCGCAGGCAGUUCCCCCUGGGCCGUGAUGACGGGAGGGAAGUCGCUUUAGACCUGAGUCGCAGCGGGAGUUUAGCAAGCCUGGCUCCUACUCUGGAUAGUGAACGAAGCCGCAUAGAGAUAACCAAACCCACGAGGGAGAUUAGCGAGGAUGAGGUGAGAGACGACAUGAUUGCCUGGAGACUUCCUGGAGGAGGCUUGGCAUUUUAA